ACUUGUUUUGGAUAAGGGGUAGGGUUAUCAGAGUCAGUUUUAAAGAUGGUUUCUUAUUGGCAACAACAUCAGUGACAUCAGUGUGCUGACUGGAGCUAAAGCUGUGGGCGGUCACAGAUGAAGACUUUUAAGAAGUUCAACAAUUUCACAACAGACAUAGAUGUUCACACAAUGUCCUGAACACAUCACUGUGACUGUGACUGUGCGGUAAGAGGUGAGCUUCUGUGUGGUUUUCACACACUCAUUACCUGACAUACGUGUAUAUUCUGAGGCAAGUAAAGUAUUCAGCAGUGAUUAUGAUGAUUUCAUUGAACUCCUCCUACUUUUCUCACUUCAUUCUUGCUGGGUACCUAGACAUCAGAUUUAAACACCUGAUCUUUUUCAUUGUCCUCCUUUAUUACGUGUUGAUCAUUGUCUCCAACCUGCUGUUGAUUGUUGUCAUCUGUAUGAACAGGAGUCUACAUGAACCUAUGUACCUGUUCCUGUGCAGCCUGUUUGUUAAUGAACUGUAUGGAGCCACAGCUUUGUUUCCAUUUCUACUGACUCAGGUUCUCUCUGACAUUCACUCUGUUCCUCGUUCUCUCUGUUUCCUGCAGAUCUUCUGUCUUUACUCUUAUGCCAGCAAUGAAUUGUUUAACUUAGCUGUCAUAUCCUAUGACCGUUACCUGGCUAUAUGUUUCCCUCUGCAGUACAACACACACAUGACAUUUAAGAAAGUGGCUACACUCACUGCUUCUGCCUGGUUCCCUGCUGUCUUUUUCACCUCUGUCAUGAUCGUCCUGAGUUCAUCUCUGCAGCUGUGUGGAAACAUCAUCAACAAAGUCUACUGUGACAACUACCACAUUGUCAGAUUGUCCUGUGGAGACAUAACGGCAAACAACAUCUAUGGUCUGUUUGCCACAACCCUAACAAUCUUGGUUCCUCUGAUCCUGAUCCUCUUCACCUAUGUGAGGAUUUUUAAAGUCUGUUUCUCUGGCAGUAAACAGACCAGACAGAAGGCUCUCAGCACCUGCUCUCCUCACCUGGCCUCACUCAUCAACUUCUCCUUUGGAGUUUGUUUUGAAAUAGUUCAGAGCAGGUUUGACAUGAGCAACGUCCCUAAUAUUCUGAGAGUUUUUUUAUCUUUAUAUUUUAUGGCCUGUCAGCCACUGUUCAACCCUGUGAUAUAUGGACUCAACCUGUCCAAAAUACGACAUUUCUGUAAAAAUCUCUUCUUUUCUAGAGACUAGAUGAUUGGAUUUGUUCUGUCUGAAUGUAAAUAAAUGGAUAUACCUUUGAUGCCUAUUCCCAAAAUAAAUAAAACAGAUGUCAUGUGAUACAUUCACGAUGCUGCACUAAAGGGAUGGUUAAAAGUUUCACUGAAAAAAAUGUCUAAACACAAAAGACAAGGCCGAACCAGAAACAAAACCUGUGUUUUCUCCUACAUUUACCUUAAUAUCCAUCCAACCGGACAAUCCUCUUAUGGAAUCUGUGACAACCUUUUUUUUUUUUAAAUACUUCAACAUUAGAUUUUCUUCAUUUAACGAUUUACGGAUGUUCACUCACUUUGUUUGCAGCACAGGGAGGUUGGUGGUGCUAGGCUUUCACGAUGACAACUUUAAAAGACAAAAGUGUUUUUUAGAGCUGUCAAAUGAUGAACAUUUAUUAUUUUAUCUUUUAUAAAGCGGUUUGUUUCCGUUGAGUCAAUAGACACUGUUGUCAGUCGCAGCGCGUGCAAAAACCUGCCGACCACUGGGAGCAGAACGUCCGGCAUAAUCCCCGCCGGCUCCCCACGACAGAACAGAACAAAAUGCACCUGCACAUUAUACCAUGGUGCCUUCAAGGCACCCAGGAAAAUGGAGAAACUGUAGAACGCAGAAGAGUCAAAAUAAUCGUGAUUAUGAUUUUUGCCAUAAUCGAGUAGCCCUAGGUUCUAGAACAGAGACUACACAGGGAAAUUCCACAAAUUAAUCAGACUAACUUUAGAGGGCCAAAGAACUGUUCCCUACGACAAAAUGCAGGGACAUAAGAAGUUGAUCAUCUGCUGUCAAAACUGGUACAGUUUGACAAUUAGGCCCAGAUUGUCAAGGUGCCUGAAAACCUGGUUUAGGUAUGACAGGGGCUCCUCAGCUGACUGAGUUCAUUAACAUCUAAAAGGUUUGUGCUGUCCCCU